AUUUAUUCUGCAGGAUCUUCGGAAAGCGCAGGUCGCGUCUUUUUACUGACAACCUGUAAUUGCUUCCCGAUACUAGCUGCUCUUCAUCCGUCUCCAGAGAGGAUGUCGACGCGAACGCUGCCUCUGCUCUUCAUUAAUUUGGGCGGAGAAAUGCUCUACAUCCUGGAUCAGCGCCUGCGGGCUCAGAAUAUCCCGGCAGAUAAAGCUAAGAAAGCCACUGUAGCAGAUUGGCUAGAGGAGGACAGAAAAAGAGUUAUGAAUGAUAUCAUUACCACCAUGUUCAAUAAGAAGUUCCUGGAGGAGCUGUUCAAACCACAGGAGCUGUACUCCAAGAAAGCCCUGAGGACAGUGUUCGACCGACUCGCUCACGCCUCCAUCAUGAGACUCAACCAAGCUAGUAUGGACAAGCUCUAUGAUUUGAUGACUAUGGCAUUCAAGUAUCAGGUCCUGCUGUGUCCUCGCCCUAAAGACAUCCUCCUUGUGUCCUUUAACCACAUGGAUGCCAUCAGGGACUUUGUGAAAGACACUCCCAGCAUCCUCAGCCAAGUGGAUGAAACAAACAAACAGCUCGUAGAGAUCUAUACACCUUUAUCUGGUGGAGAGUUUCAACUAAUUAGACAGACACUUCUCAUCUUCUUUCAAGAUAUGCAUAUAAGAGUAUCAAUUUUCCUUAAAGACAAAGUACAAAACUCCAAUGGACGAUUUGUUCUCCCCACAUCAGGCCCUGUUCCAUAUGGGACGCACUCCCCAGGACUCAUAAGAAUGUUUAGCUGUAGUGGUGAGGAGGUGAGAAGGACGCAGUUCCGUGACGGUGGCAAUUACUGCAGCGCUCUCCGUGAGGGUUCUUUUGAAAUGUAUGGUGACCGAGUCAUCAAACUGGGCACAAACAUGUACAGUGUGAGUCGCCCUGUUGAGACACACAUGUCUGGAACCUCCAAAAACUCCUCACAGCACAUUAAGGUCAACACAACCCCAAAUCCUUUGGCAAAAGAAGAGCUGAACCUGCUUGCUAGACUUAUGGGAGGUCUGGAGGUGCAGAAAUCAGCUAACACUGACUCUGGCUUCCGUGUGAACCUUUUUGCCACCGACGAGGAGGAAGAGGAAGCUUUGAUAUCAAGACCGGAUGAGCUUUCCUAUGAAGUUAUUAAUAUCCAAGCAACAAAGGACAAACAGACCAAUGCGGAGCUGGCUAAGAUCAUGGGGGAGUUUGGAGAGACGGGAGAACCCGCCCCCAGUUCCAGCAGCAAAGGUGACGACCUCCUGGCCAUGAUGGAUGGACUGUGACUUAAACUUGAUGUUCCCUUUGACUGAGCAGAGUGACUGAGCUGUUAAGCAGGAUGAAGUGCUACAAUGUCUUACUCAGCAAAGAGGCCUUUUGUCUGGAGCUACAGUGACAACCGUAUAUAUUUAGAACGAACUUCUCUUUUUGAGAAUUUCACAGUUUUCGUCUCCUGCCACCCACCGAAUGUGAGAAAUGCAGAUAGCAGGUGUAGAAAUGUAAUAUGUGUCUUGCUGUGGGACCAUAUUCACUUUUUCAUUUUCGUUUUGUCAAGUUACUUUGGACCUACUGAGACGGCACAGGCCGUAUCAUCACGUAUUUCAGCGAAUGGUUUGAUACGAGGCUUCACAGAAACAUCUGCGUGGCUUUCAUUUAGAUCAGUGGACAGAAUAAAACGCCUUUUCUGGACUCUUUUAGUUGUCUAAGAGGACAAUCUGUGCUCAUGGAAUUCAUUUGAUACACUAUUUGACGUGUGGGAUAUGCAUCCGAACAACAAGCGCUGAUUAAGACAGGGUAACGGAGGAAACCAAAGUGCACUUGCAGUAAAUAUUUAGUGCAGAUCCAUAGAAAUGGUUUACAGGAAGCCCAAGGACAGUUAAUGUGUGUAUGUUUUCUUUGUCUUUAUUUAAAGGGAGUGCAACAAAGUCAGGUAUUCCGAGCUGAAGAAUUUAAAAUGUCUUAGACAUUCAUGUAAAGGGACAAUGUAUACAAGAACCCACCUUUCAUUGGAAAAAAAGCAAUGCAAUAUGUAUGGUGGAUGAAAUUGUUUAUUUUUCAUAACCAUAAUAGAGCUUAUUUAUUGAGGGUUAAUGUACUGAAUGUUCAUUUGUAUCUGUUUACGGUAAUGGUAAAAUAGAUUUGAAUGUGAAAUAAAGUAGGUCUUUUUGCAAA